UACCACAGAACAUAACCAGGAACUAGGUAUAGUUUCUGCCCUCAAGGAACUAACAGAUUAGGUGAGAAUAAUGAAGCAAAAACUCAUUCAGUUACAAAAGCUGAGUUCCAACUAUGUGCCAGGCAGUGUGUGAGGUAAAUAUGGUCUCUGGCCUCACAGAAUUACAGUCCAUAUAGUGUGAGACAGGCCUCAAAUCAUCAUCAGUGCUCAGCAGUGGAGCCCUUUAGAAGAGUGUAUCAGAAAAUUGUUCACUCUGCAAGAUCAAAGUUUUCCUUAAAGAACUUUUAACCUAGAACCAGAAAUGGCAGAAACAUGGAAGGAUGGCAAAGAAUUAGCUAGGUUCCUGGGGGAAGAGAGAAAGUGGUAGGAAUUGCAAAAUUCAUGCAGAGUAAUCUUAAAUAAAAUAUUGUUGUCACAUCAAAUAUACCCCAACGUAUCCACGCCCUUUUUACAUUCAGCACAUCUUAAGUCUUUAAAGUCUUAUAGGAACCCUAAACUCCCACGUCUAUGUAUUGGGCGUUUCCUAUGUGCCAAAUGCAUGAAUUAACGUAUCUUACAUCACAGUACAUAUACACCAUCCCUAUUUUAAGACAGGAAAACAGUUUCCAAGUAGCUAAAUAACUUGUUCACUGUUGGGUAUCUACCAAGUCACAGGGCCUAGAACCGAAUCUGGGUAUUUUCAUCCCGUUACUCUUCCAGCCUUCCAGCCAACUGUUUCUGAACUCGAGCCAAAAGGGCAGCCAAGGGGUUUUCCACAAACAUGAUUUGCAACGCGUCACUCCUCUUCUUCUUUACCUUUCCUCUGGUUUGUUUCUCUGGCUGAACGUCCUCCCCCACAUAAGGCAGAACCAACCCCAGCUUCUCCUAAUCAUCUUUCAAGAUCCCUUUCCAUGCCAAUUCCUAAUUAAAGUAUAUUCUCAAGCACCAAUGAGAAGCCAUGCUUCUCCGACUCUCCUUCAAAUGACUCCCUACGGUUUCUACUUGGUGUUCUUUUAUCUCCCACACACUGUCGCCCAACCCGGCAUCCUGGAAACAGGACACUGACUCGAUCGUAGCAGUUGUCUGGAACACAAGCUGCUUUGAGCCGAAACUGGUGAAUCUCUUCUUAUCCCCCUCCCCAAAUCCGAUGCUUCUUUUCUCCAGAAUUCCAAGUCAGGUGUUAUCGACUUUACCGAUGCAAAUUUUCAGCCACGAAAGCGGAAAAUGACGGUCUCCGACACCGUCUCACGGACGAAGACACCCGCGACCCCGCGAUGCCUAGCAACCGCCAGCUUCCUCCUCCGCUUGGCUGACUCAGACAUCUUCUUCCGGGGCAGAGGUCGCCCCCGCCCCGCCCCUCACACCAAGAUGGCGAGCAGCGGCAGCGGGGGGGUUUCGGUACCUGCGCUGUGGAGUGAAGUGAACCGCUAUGGCCAGAACGGCGACUUCACGCGCGCUCUCAAGACCGUCAACAAGAUACUACAGAUUAACAAAGAUGAUGUAACUGCCCUGCACUGUAAAGUGGUAUGCCUUAUUCAGAAUGGAAGUUUCAAGGAAGCCUUGAAUGUCAUCAAUACUCACACCAAGGUGUUAGCCAAUAACUCGCUCUCCUUUGAGAAGGCAUAUUGUGAGUACAGGCUGAACAGAAUUGAGAAUGCCUUGAAGACCAUAGAAAGUGCCAGUCAGCCAACAGACAAGCUGAAGGAGCUCUAUGGACAAGUGUUGUACCGUUUGGAGCGCUAUGAUGAAUGCUUAGCUGUGUAUAGAGAUCUUGUCCGAAACUCCCAAGAUGAUUAUGAUGAGGAGAGGAAAACAAACCUUUCAGCAGUUGUUGCAGCUCAAAGCAAUUGGGAGAAAGUGGUUCCAGAGAACUUGGGCCUCCAAGAAGGCACACAUGAAUUGUGCUACAAUGCCGCAUGUGCACUGAUAGGACAAGGCCAGCUCAGCCAGGCAAUGAAAAUCCUGCAGAAAGCUGAAGAUCUUUGCCGCCAUUCAUUAUCAGAAGACUGUGAUGGGACUGAGGAAGACCCACAGGCGGAGCUGGCCAUCAUUCACGGUCAGAUGGCCUAUAUUCUGCAGCUUCAGGGUCGUACAGAGGAGGCUUUGCAGCUUUACAAUCAGAUAAUAAAACUAAAGCCGACAGAUGUGGGAUUACUAGCUGUAAUUGCAAAUAACAUCAUUACCAUUAACAAGGACCAAAAUGUCUUUGACUCCAAGAAGAAGGUGAAGUUAACCAAUGCGGAAGGAGUAGAGUUUAAGCUUUCCAAGAAACAACUACAGGCUAUAGAAUUUAACAAAGCUUUACUUGCAAUGUACACAAACCAGGCAGAACAAUGCCGCAAAAUAUCUGCCAGUUUACAGUCCCAAAGUCCUGAACGUCUCCUGCCUGUGUUAAUCCAAGCUGCCCAGCUCUGCCGUGAAAAACAGCAUACAAAAGCAAUCGAGCUGCUUCAGGAAUUUUCUGAUCAGCGUCCAGAAAAUGCAGCUGAAAUUAAGCUGACCAUGGCACAGUUGAAAAUUUCUCAAGGUAAUAUUUCUAAAGCAUGUCUAAUACUGAGAAGCAUAGAAGAGUUAAAGCAUAAACCAGGCAUGGUGUCUGCAUUAGUGACGAUGUACAGCCAUGAGGAAGACAUUGACAGUGCCAUUGAGGUCUUCACACAAGCUAUCCAGUGGUAUCAGAACCAUCAGCCUAAAUCUCCUGCUCAUUUGUCCUUGAUAAGAGAAGCUGCAAACUUCAAACUCAAAUAUGGGCGAAAAAAGGAGGCAAUUAGUGACCUAGAACAGCUGUGGAAACAAAAUCCAAAGGAUAUUCAUACCCUGGCGCAGCUUAUUUCUGCUUACUCACUUGUAGAUCCAGAGAAAGCCAAAGCUCUUAGUAAACACUUGCCCUCAUCGGAUAGUAUGUCUCUAAAAGUAGAUGUCGAGGCUCUUGAAAAUUCUCCUGGUGCUACCUACAUCCGGAAGAAGGGUGGAAAAGUUACUGGAGAUAGUCAACCAAAGGAGCAAGGGCAGGGAGAUUUAAAAAAGAAGAAGAAGAAAAAGAAGGGAAAACUGCCUAAGAAUUAUGACCCAAAGGUUACCCCAGAUCCAGAAAGAUGGUUACCAAUGCGGGAACGUUCUUACUACAGAGGAAGAAAGAAGGGUAAAAAGAAGGAUCAGAUAGGGAAAGGGACCCAGGGAGCAACUGCAGGAGCUUCAUCUGAACUGGAUGCCAGUAAAACUGUGAGCAGUCCACCCACUUCCCCAAGACCUGGCAGUGCAGCAACAGUAUCUGCCUCUGCAAGUAACAUCAUACCCCCAAGACACCAGAAACCUGCAGGGGCUCCAGCAACAAAAAAGAAACAGCAACAGAAAAAGAAGAAAGGUGGAAAAGGUGGCUGGUGAUUAGAACAUUCUUCUUGUGGGCUGUUUUGAAACUAGUCUCAGAGACACUAGGAACAUAAUAAAGGUAACACAGCUGGAAGCACAGAACUACCCCCUCUUCUCUCUCCAUAUUUUCAUAAAAUAAUUUCUUGUGCAUCAAAUAGGACAUCUUUCUUAAACUCUGCCUACUGAGAUUUGGCCUAUUUGUACUGCCCAGCUUUCAACAGGUUAUGAGUACUAAAAAUAAUUGGGCAUUUGUCUACCUUGGUAUCUAUUGCAUCCUUUGUGUAUUGAUUUGAUGCUUGUUCAGUUUUGCAAACAAGGCUUGUUAUCCAAAGCGUCCCAAGAUUUAAACAGAAUCUACUUCCAUUGUUUCAACUAGUCUGAAAAUACUUAUUCCUAUUUACGUUCCACUAUAAAUUAUGUCUUAGGAGGCCUUUGGAGACUGAAAGUGGAAUCUUCUGAGCAUUCCGAAAUAUCCACUUAGAAAUACCGUGUGACAGAAAGGGACCUUUAUUAAUACCUGGUGUUCUUCACUUCAUUAAAUGAGUGGCCACAAGAAAAAUAAGUUUCUUAAAUCCUUUUGACCAUAAAAUCUGUCAUGUGAUACUGGAAUAUGAGAUAAUUUUCUUGUUUAUAUAUGGCUCCUUUGUGCCCCUGAUCAUUUUCAGAUCCCGUAACAUGCUGAUUUAGCACUAUGAAAGGCCUCAAGGAAACUAUGUCAAUGUUGCAAGAAACUGCCUCUUAGAUCCGGUGUUCUGAGGUCAGAUGGGAUUUAUUUGGACUGUGAAAACAUGAGCAAAGACUUCUUACAUAGAGAGGAAAUAGUACCCGAGUUCCAUAUCACAGAGUAUUAAAAUCUUAUGGGAUGUUUGGCCCAUUUCAUAGAUACUCUUUAUAGUUAUGGAUUAUGACCAUUCAUUACCUUUCUCAAAGUAAUUGAGCAUUUUGCGGUCAAUUUGUGGUGUAAAUGUUGCUGUUGUCUCUCCUUGCUUACCAGCCAUUUUCACAUUGAACAGCUAUGAGACAGACACAUCAGGAUGCCUACCCCUGUUCGUAUUCAGUCGGUGCUGCCCAAGGUAUCAUUUAAUUUAGACUUAUGAGUAUUUCCUUGUGAUCAUAUUACUCCAUCUUUGUUAAUAAAGUGCUGCUAUGUUUGA